AUGUCUAUUUUAUCCAAUUUCACACAGACAUUGGAAGAUGCUUUCAAAAAGAUCUUUGUUACUUAUAUGGACAAUUGGCGCAGCAACGCAACAGCAGAAGAAGCGGCUCUCCAGGCCAAAGUCAAUGCCGAGAAUUUCUACUACGUCAUCCUGUACCUCAUGGUGAUGAUUGGAAUGUUCUCUUUCAUUAUUGUGGCCAUCCUGGUGAGCACAGUGAAAUCCAAGAGACAAGAGCACUCCCAUGACCCAUACCAUCAGUACAUUGUGGAUGACUGGCAUGGAAAGUACAAAAGUCGAAUUCUGAGUGUAGAAGAUGCCAAGGCUACCGUUCAUGAAAAUGCUGAUGCAGCAGCAUACAAAAUGUCUCCUUGA